UGAAAUCAAAGAAAUUAUCUUCGUCACUUGUCACCUUCGAAGAAGCGUUAGAACUGGCCGUGCAUUUAAGGGACAUCGAAGCGGAGACUCUCAUCAGAAAGACCAUCAACAAUGUGCACGACAUGAUCUGGAAACGAGAGUUGAGAAGGCAGAUAACCGACGAGGAUUACAAUGCUCCGUCUGAGGUCGCCAAGUAA